AUGAUAGACCUAGGUGACAACAGUUUAUAUGGUGGCAUUCCUCAGGAGUUUGAACAUCUUGUAAAUUUGAAAGAAGUGUAUCUUGGUCCAAACAGAUUAUCGGGUGAAGUUCCAAGGCGUUUGUACAACAUUUCUGGACUAAAAAAGAUUUCAUUUGUAGCAAAUGAGCUUUCAGGAACACUUCCCUCAAACAUAGGCCAUACUCUUCCAAAUCUUGAAGGCCUUUAUCUUGGGGAAAACCAGUUCACCGGGCUGAUUCCUACCUCCAUUGUGAAUUCCACCAUGCUUAUCCAGCUUGAUUUUGGCCGCAAUAUGUUUAGUGGACCUGUACCUAUGAAUCUUGGAAAGCUACAACAGCUACAAUUCAUCAACUUGCAAAUAAACCAAUUGAUGAAUGAUCAAUCUACACGCGAGUUAAGUUUCCUGACUUCAUUAUCUAAUUGCAAGUAUAUGAAAACCGUUCAAAUAGGAGGUAACCAAUUUAAUGGAAGUCUUCCAACAUCUUUAGGUUCAGGAAACUGGUCCUUUUCCCUUGAAUAUUUCAUUGCCCUUCAAAAUGGUAUCACAGGAAAAAUACCAACUAACAUCAGUAACUUUAGGAACCUGGAGUGGUUAAGCUUGGGAGACAAUAAGCUUAUAGGAUCUAUUCCUCAAGAUUUGGGGAACUUGAGGAAUUUGAAAAGAUUUAGCCUAGAGAAAAACAAUUUAGAUGGAAUUAUACCAACUAGCUUGUGUAACAUGGAAAACUUGUACCAAAUUAUCUUGGGGAAAAAUCAACUUACUGGUGAAUUACCAAAUUGUUUUGGAAAUCUUUCAUCUUUAAGAGAACUCUACUUAGAUUCCAAUGCACUAAUUUCCCAUAUUCCAUCAACUUUAUGGAGGAACAAAGAUAUUUCAAUUCUCACUUUGGCCUCCAAUUUGCUGAAUGGGUCUCUUGCAGUAGAAAUGGGGAAUUCAAGGAGUUUGCGGAUAUUACAUUUACAUGGUAAUCAGUUCUCUGGUCAGAUUCCUAGCACGAUUGGCCAACUACAAAGCUUGGUUAGCCUUUCAUUGUCAAAGAAUAUGUUAGAUGGUUCCAUACCUGAACAAUUUGAAGAUUUGGUUUCGUUGGAAUAUUUGGAUCUAUCUAGCAACAAUCUAUCAGGCAUGAUCCCCAAGUCCUUGAGGAAUCUUGAACAUCUCAUGUAUUUCAAUGUCUCGUUCAAUGGGCUCAUGGGUGAAAUUCCAGAUGGAGGGCCAUUCGUAAAUUUUACAGCUGAAUCAUUCAUGGGUAACCCUGCAUUAUGUGGAUCAUCACGCUUCCAUGUGAUGCAAUGCAGAGUGACAAGUCUUGAAAGAAAAAGAAAGAACAGAAUCCUAACUUCUGUUCUUGCAUCAGUUUCCUCAGGAGUUGUAGUCACAACCAUUUUCAUCAUUUGGUUUCUGAAAUGCCGAAAAAGGAGUACGGAACUUCCUUUAGUUGAUACAUUUGGUCAGGUACAUAAGAGGAUUUCGUACUAUGAUAUUUCUCAAGGGACAAACAACUUUGAUGAAGCAAACUUGAUUGGAAGGGGGAGCCUUGGUUUGGUGUAUAAAGGGACACUAGCAGAUGGAAUGGUUGUGGCGAUAAAGGUAUUCAAUACAGAACUGCAACAUGCAUUUAGAAGUUUCGAGGUGGAAUGUCAAGUUUUACGUAGCAUUCGACACAGAAACCUUGUUAAGGUGAUAAGUAGUUGUGCCAAUUUCGAUUAUAAAGUGUUGGUGCUAGAGUACAUGCCUAAUGAAAACCUCGAAUGUUGGCUUCACUCUACUGACAAAUUUUUGGAUAUAACUCAAAGACUAAAGGUGAUGAUUGAUGUGGCUUCUGCUGUGGAGUAUUUACAUGGAGGACAUUUGUUUGUAGUCGUCCAUUGUGAUUUGAAACCAAGUAACAUACUUUUGGAUGAAGAUAUGGUGGCAAAAGUGAGUGAUUUUGGGAUAUCCAAACUUCUUACUUCUGAGACGCUAAUAGCACAUACCAAGACUUUAGGUACUAUCGGCUACAUGGCACCAGAGUAUGGGUCUGAAGGCAAAGUAUCAACUUCGGGAGAUGUUUAUAGCUUUGGUAUAUUGUUAAUGGAGACUUUUACAAGAAAGAGCCCCGUGGAUGAUCUAUUCGUUGGAGACUUCACCUUGAAAAGAUGGAUAUGCCAAUCAUUACCAGACCAAUUGGUGGAUGUAGUGGACAUUAAUCUAUUUUCACUGAACGAAGAAAAUUUUACUUCUAAAGAGAGAUGCUUCAAAUCAAUCAUGGAAUUAGCUCUUGAAUGUACAAAUGAUUUGGCUGAAGAGAGAAUUCGCAUGGAAGAUAUUACUCUGCGACUCAAGAAGAUCCUAACUCAAUUUCAGCAAAAUGUUGUAACAAACUAAAUGGUAGUGCUGAAAUCUAUAGUCGAGCUGUCACAUCUUUUCUUCACGCGCACAAAUAGUUGGGCUAGUACGUAAAACUUUAACAGAUUUAAGGAUAGGCCCCUCCCCUCUGUCCUUCUCAAUUUAAAUACUAGAACUUUUCUUAUGUAGUACGGUUCGAACCACGAUGUGCACUUACCUACCAUACAUAAA